AACUGUAAUUAAAAUUCACAAUAAAAUUUCCCGUACUAAAAUACCUCAAUUUCCCUUUUUGUUUAUACUUGCCAUGUGCAUCACCAAGGGCGGAGCUGAUUGGUUGGUUUGAAAAAAGGGAAAAUCAGCUGUCAGCUGACGGGUAAACAACAGAAGGGUCAGGUAAACAACCGAAAACCAAACCUUCCCAACACAGAAGCAGAUAACGAUCGUUCCAAUUUCGUCAGUAGUGAUUAGUGCCCAGUCCCUAUCGGUGGAAGCAGCUGAAAGAUAAUGAAGAGCCUUACAGAACGACCCGCUGGGUCACUUUAUUGGUGGGUACUUGCCACAUUAUUUCUCCCGCUAGCGAUCCCAGGGUUGGUGCUCAAGUUACUGACGAGGAUGAAGGAAAAACGGAACGCGCGCAAUUUUAACGGAAAGGUCGUUCUGAUAACCGGAGCAAGUUCGGGAUUGGGAGAAGCGUUGGCCCACAGUUUCUUUCUUGCCGGUUGCAAGGUUGUGCUUGCCGCUCGCCGCAAGGACGAACUGGAGCGUGUGCGGAAGGAUCUACUUGAGCUUCAUGCGACCGUUCCGACACAUCCACCAAUUAUACUUCAGUUGGACCUUUCCGAUCUGAACAGUAUUACCGGUAAGGUGCAGAGCGUGCUGGAAAUUCAUGGUGCGAUCGAUAUUCUGGUCAACAACGGAGGCAUCAGCGUACGCGGCGAUGCCCUGUCGACAGCAAUCGACGUCGACAUACGGAUAAUGCUAGUCAAUUACUUCGGUACCGUGGCCAUCACGAAGGCUUGUCUGCCUUCGAUGAUUGCCCGAAAGGAGGGCCGUAUCGUGUGCAUUUCCAGCGUGCAGGGAAAGUUUGCCAUACCGCACCGUUCGUCGUACAGUGCGUCCAAACACGCACUGCAAGCCUUUUGCGACAGUUUGCGGGCAGAGGUGGCAAAGGACAAUAUUAAAGUUACACUGAUAUCACCCGGGUACAUCAAUACUGCAAUCUCGAUGAAUGCACUUACCGGUUCCGGUGCUACCUAUGGUAAGAUGGACGCUGCGACGGCGGGUGGUGCAUCGGCGGAGGAUUCAGCGUCCGGCAUCCUGAAAGCGAUCGCACGGGAUGAGAAGGAUAUUAUCAUGGCACCGAUUGCACCGCGCGCCGCUUACUGGUUGCGCCAUAGAAUGCCAUCCGUUUACUUCUGGAUAAUGCAGAAGCGUGCGGAAAAACUAACUUCAUAAACCAAAGAACAAACAGCAUACUGCUAGUUCCUUUCGUUUUUACCGAUACGAUUCACAUCAGGGCAUUACAUAUUUGUUACACUAAAUAUUAUACCAAUUGGCAGCUACAGGUAAAGCAACUUCGUUACCCUUAGUUCAUGAGCAAUUAACUAUGAAAAGAUCAAACCACUCCUAAGAUAACCGUAUCAAAGAUAGAGUACACGUGGAAUAACUGCUAAAAUAGAAACAACCUAGUAAGGUGCACCUGUUCCAAAAGAAGAAUCAAUUUAAGAUAAGCCAGCGUAAAAAUAGAGAAAACAAAAACAAUGUUUGUGUGUGAUAAUCAAUUGCUUACUGUUUGUAAAUCACCCGAAAUCGGUCUACAAUAAGGUCUACAGACAGAUAAGCCGCCCCUCGUUUAUGUAACUUCUUGUCGGAUCAAAAGGUCGCUGUAUAUCGUUGGUUUAUUGUUUUGCACUUUAUGGUAGACGUAAAGCGUUUUUACGGGCGCGUCUAAUGAACUAUCGCUUCAAUCGGUUUGAGUUCGAUACAUUUUCAAGGUCAUAUACAAGCUUCAUUAUAGGUAACCUUCCACUAAUAGGUUGCGGCGAGACAGGUGUUCGUGCAACGUCCUAAUUUGGUACAGGGUUUUGCAAGUAUUUUUGUUAAUAACCAACGAUCGUCUGAGCGUUAAUGAACUUCUAAUUAGACAAAUGAUUGGCGCAAAAUAUUAGGUAAUUAUUUGGAAAUGCAACACGUAGAUCAUUAAAUUGCGUAGAUACAUUUUAGCUAGGAAACAUACA